UCGUUGGCAUCCAAGAAUACAUCCAUUUAAGUUCAGAUCACUUUUCAUCCCAGUGUGAACUUUUGAGAGGAGCCCUAAAUGAAUUACUUCCAGAUGAAAGGUUAGCUAUCCCAUUUCACUGCACAGAGCUCAGGAACUGCAAACAACCCACCAGCCUGUAUUAUGCCCAUGGUAACAAAGCAAGCAAAAUGGCAGAUGUAAACUCCAAGAGGGCAUCUCAGUUCUUGCAAAAAUGUAUUAAGCCAGAGGACAACGGAGGGGACGCACAGCCCAAAGAGGAGAUAAUAGAAGAGCAGUCUCUCCCUGUUAUCACUCAAUCCUACCCUCAGACAGUGCAAGAGGAAAUAUCGAUGGUGUUCAACACCUACAACAUGGCAGCCAACCUCGGCCCAGCCUCCAGGAGAAAGAGGGAGAAAGGUGCAAAUCACGAUGGCACAAGCACCUCCCUCUAUGUUGACCGCCGCAAGUCCAAGGUGUGGAACUAUUACACCAAGCUGGGAGAUGCCUAUGUUGAGUGCAAUGUGUGCAAGAAGCAGCUCUCCUUUCACAACAGCACCACCACCAUGCGGGAGCACCUGGUGAGGAAGCACAGCAUUCGCGACACUUUGCUCUCACAGCUGAAGGAUGACCAGGCUUCCGAGUCUGACUGCAUGGCUCAGGAGAACAUGAUAAAGAGGUCCCGGCAGAUGACACCAGAAAACUACUUGUACCAUGCCGCAUCCUGCUCUGAACCAAGGACUGACGUGAUUUUGGAACUGGUGCUUGAGAUGAUAUUUCGUGACCUCCAUCCUCUUUCCGUGGUGAAAGACAAGGGUUUUGGCCUCCUCAUCGGGUAUCUAGAGCCUAAUUUUACCCUCCCAUCUCCUAUUCAGCUCUCCAGCAUGCUGUGGCAUAGAUACAAUGUGGUGAAGCAGCACCUGGAGCGCUAUUUGCAAACAGCCCAGUCCAUAGUCAUCUGCGUGGAGUUCUGGGUGUCCCAGCCCAACCAGACAUACUUGACAAUCACAGCCAACUUCAUUGACGGGGAGUGGCGCCGGGCGAGAUGUAUCCUGGAAACCCAGCCAGUGCAUGAGACUAAAGGGGCAGGUGAUUUAGGAGAGAAGCUCUUCAGCAUCCUGACAGAGUUUGGGUUGUCGAACAAGUCCAUUUUCUGCGUGAUGCACGACAGCUUGCAGAACACAGUGAUGAAUUCGCAGCCGCUCAAGAGCGCUUAUGGCUGGACCAGCCUGUGCUGUGCUGCCCACACUCUGCACCUGUGUAUCAAGGCAGGGCUGGAGGUUGAUCAGGUGCAAGAGGCUCUGACUGCUGCCCGGGGCAUCGUGAGCUACUUCCAACAGGAUGCGAAAGCCACCUGCUCGCUGAACAGCAAGCUGGAAGCGAUCAACAAGACCAAGUUGAAGCUGGUGAUGGAUGUAGGAUCUCGCUGGAUAACUACCAUUGAGAUGUGCGAGAGCCUCCUGGACCUCAAAUGGGCGAUCAUGUCCCUGCUGGAGGAACAUCCCAAAGGGACGUUGGCUGUGCAGAACUUAGCUGACCACCAGUGGAAGCUCUUGCAGGACCUGGUGCCAGUCAUGAGGACGAUUAAGAUUGCCACAUCAUUCUUGCGUGAGGAGCAGAACAUCUCCAUCUCUUCUCUGAUGCCUUGCAUCCAUGGUAUCAUCACUGCCAUUGGGCAGCAGUUAGAAGAGUCCAGCGAUGUCAUCAAGAUGGUGGUAGGCAAUAUAAGGUCAGAGCUGAUGCAGCGCUGGAGUAUAUCAGAGGAUGAGAAGGUGCUGGAAAGCCCUGCGAUUACUGCCUCGUUUCUAGACCCUCGUUUCAAGGAGAUGAGGUUCCUGAGUCCCAACCUGAGGAAUGAGCUGCAUAAGAGAGUCAAAAAUAUGCUAUCAGAGGUCUUCAACCACCAGUCCCCACCUUCUACCCAGUUCUGGUUGCCGAACUCAGAUUACAAAGCAGAGGUAGGAGAAGCAGGGGUCCAGCUGUCUGCUCACAAAGACAGAGGCCCAAGUGGCCAGUCCCAGAGCAUGUAUGACAUCCUUUUGGGGAAAGAUCCAACGGAGAGCAUGCCUGAAAUCCAUCAGCAAUUGGAAAACUACAUCGUGGAACCUCUCUGCAAACGCAGCACCAACCCACUGGACUGGUGGAAAACCAAUGAGCACCGCUUCCCCGCUGUGGCAAGAUUAGGCAGGCAGUACCUUGCCAUACCAGCCACAGUUGUGCUGCCAGACCAGGCGUUUGCUGCCAACGAGAGCACCCUGGAGCAUCGGAGAGCAGUCCUCACUCCUGAAAAUCUGGACCAGAUUCUGUUCUUGCAUCAAAAUUUUGAUUUUUUAGAAUCAAUGAGAAACAAUAAUGAGAUGCGGGGCAGAAAUCUGCAUGCCCAGUAUUAAAAUGCAGUGAGGGUGGGGCUCAGUACAGAGGUGAUGUGUAAUAGUGUUUAACGCUUCCCUACCUUCUCGGUGGGAUUUUGGAAAGGUGUCUGCCUAAGUUCAUUCCCAGUGAAAUUAUCCUUUGAUGUCAAUAGAAGCAGAGUUAAGCCAAUGCUGAGUGUUUUCAAAAUCCUCCCUACGUGUACAACACUGGUUUUGUAACCACUUUGUGAUAGUUUCAUCAAACUCAAAUACAAUAUAAUUCCAGAGCGGAAAGAAAAUGUUAAGUUCUACCGAUCUGGACUUCUUAGCAUCACCUCUGAAUUUGGCCCUAGGAUUUUACUAGCACCUCUGAA